CAUCUCCCCGCAUUGUCUUUUGAUUAAGCUACACUAUGUCCCAGACUCCUAGAGGCGCGAAGCGUCCAAGGUCGCCUCCCAUUCCCAGCUCAUCGCCAGCUCCACGUGCUACUCCAAGGCGAAGGGAUUCUCAAUCGUCUCUCCCACCGUCUUCGCCUCCGGCACCCUUCUCGGAUACAGAUGAUAGCAUGGAUGAUCGUGAUGGAGUGCGUGAUAUAGAUGACGACGAUGCAGAAGACGGCGAGGGCGAAGAUUUGUUUGCAGACACCGUCGAAGCAGAUUACGCGCCAAACGAUCUACUCGAUCGCUACUCCGACCGGGACAUCGAUGAUGAAGGAGAUUUUGAGGAAAUGUCAGCAGCGGCUCGACGAGCGGCUGAAGCAAGGAUGAAUCGUCGUGAUCGACUUGAGCGCGCAGGGAAGCAAGGAAGUCGGGCAGCUAAUCGAGGCCGUGCACCACAGUUCUUGGAGGAUGAUGACAUGGACGAUGAAGAUGCUCUUGGCGAUGAUCUUGGCGUUGGGAGAAUGAAGCGUCGCACAAGGCGACAAUAUGACGAACGUCGUGAUAUAGAUGAUGUGGAUGGUACGGACGAUGAAAUACCCCUUGAGCAACUGAGUGACAUCAAGGCUAAAUCUAUCGUCGAAUGGAUUGCCAAUGACCGCGUUCGCCGAUCAAUUGUCAAACAUUUCCGGCAAUUUUUGAUGACCUACGUCGACGAAAAUGGCGCUUCGGUCUAUGGUCAACGCAUUCGUAAUCUUGGAGAAACAAAUGCCGAGUCACUGGAAGUAUCUUAUCUUCAUCUAGCGAUGUCUAAGCCCAUCUUGGCUUACUUCUUGACAAACUCCCCGUCUGCCAUGCUUGUGAUCUUUGACGAGGUCGCACUGAAUGCUAUUCUCGUGUAUUACCCGUCGUACGAACGGAUUCACUCUGAAGUCCAUGUUCGCAUUGCGGACCUUCCAUUGAGCUCGUCACUCCGUGAUCUCCGACGCUCCAAUCUAAACAAUCUGGUGCGAGUCACUGGUGUUGUAACUCGACGGAGUGGUGUGUUCCCACAGCUCAAAUACGUGAAAUUUGACUGCCGAAAAUGCGGCGCUGUUCUGGGCCCAUUUUACCAGGAUGCAACAAAGGAGGUCAAAGUCAGCUUUUGCGCCAACUGCGAGAGCAAGGGCCCAUUCCCUGUUAACUCUGAACAGACGGUAUAUCGCAAUUACCAGAAAAUGACACUGCAAGAGUCCCCUGGGUCAGUGCCUCCGGGGCGUCUACCAAGGCAUCGUGAAGUCAUUCUCCUUUGGGACCUCAUUGACAUGGCAAAGCCUGGAGAGGAAAUUGAAGUGACUGGGAUAUACCGGAACAACUUCGACGCCUCUCUCAAUUCGAAGAACGGGUUCCCAGUCUUCUCCACAAUCAUUGAGGCCAACCACAUCAAUAAGAAGGAGGACCUCUUUGCAGCCUUCCGUCUUACUGAAGAAGAUGAGAAGGAGAUGCGUGCCCUCGCACGGGACGAACGUAUUCGGAAGCGUAUCGUCAAGUCUAUCGCGCCUUCGAUUUACGGACACGAAGACAUCAAAACAGCCAUUGCACUCUCCCUGUUCGGUGGUGUUACGAAGGAUAUCAACCGUAAACACCGCAUCCGUGGUGAUAUCAACGUACUGCUUUUGGGUGACCCAGGAACGGCGAAGUCGCAAUUCCUCAAGUAUGCGGAGAAGACAGCGCACCGGUCUGUUUUCGCGACUGGUCAGGGUGCAUCGGCUGUUGGUCUGACUGCCAGCGUCCGCAAGGAUCCUGUAACUCAGGAGUGGACGCUGGAGGGAGGCGCUCUUGUCCUUGCCGACAAAGGAACUUGUCUCAUUGAUGAGUUUGACAAGAUGAACGACGCGGAUCGGACGUCUAUCCAUGAGGCGAUGGAGCAACAAUCCAUUUCAAUCUCGAAAGCUGGCAUUGUCACGACGUUGCAAGCUCGGUGUGCCAUCAUUGCUGCGGCUAACCCUAUUCGUGGAAGAUACAACCCAACAAUUCCCUUCCAGCAAAACGUCGAACUGACAGAACCCAUCCUGUCUCGAUUUGAUGUGCUGUGUGUUGUCAAAGACAAUGUGGAUCCGGUGCAAGACGAACUACUAGCGCGAUUCGUCGUUGGAAGUCACCUUCGUAGUCAUCCCAAAUUCGAAGCCGAUAGGGAUGAGAUGGAUGUUGGCACCACUCUUGAUGCUGAUAUUAUACCCCAAGAUAUUCUCCGCAAAUACAUCAUGUAUGCCCGAGAGAAGAUACGCCCGAAGCUCUAUGACCUGGACCAGGAUAAACUGGCACGCUUGUUCUCUGAUCUUCGUCGCGAGUCACUAGCGACAGGUUCAUACCCUAUCACCGUCCGACACCUGGAGAGCAUGAUUCGCAUGGCUGAAGCCAGUGCAAAAAUGUCCCUGCGGGAGUACGUUCGCUCCGAUGAUAUCGAUAUGGCUAUCUCCGUUGCGGUGGGGAGCUUCGUCAGCACCCAGAAGAUGUCAAUCAAGAAGACCCUUGAAAGGGGCUUCCGAAAAUACCUGACGCAAGCUCGCGAUUAUGAAGAGCUCUUGGCUUUCCUUCUUGGCCAGAUUGUAAAGGAGAAGGCCCGUUUCCAUCAGCUACAGAGACACGAGCAACCUGAGCUCAUCACUGUUAAGAUGUCUGAGCUCGAUGAACGGGCAAAGGAACAUGAUAUCUAUGACACAUCGACCUUCCUGCGCUCAAAGCUCUUUGCUGCCAACGGCUACAAAUUAAAAGACCAGGUCAUAGAGAAGCGGUUCUCAAACUGAUACGAGAUCCA